AUGAUUUCUCAAGUUGCACUCCUCUCUCUCGUCGCCAGCAUGGCAGCUGCGCAGACCCUCAACAUCCCCACCCGCUCCGGUAACAUUGUGUCGCUCCCCGAGCCCAGCACCAUCACUGGCAAGGUCGACUUUGCGAACAAGGAGUUUGACCGUGGCCAGCCAUGUGACUCUGACGAGGACACUGGCAGCAGCAAUGCCGUCUUCAUCCUCGAGGACGGCGCUUCCAUCUCCAACGUCAUCAUCGGUGCCGAUUCGCUCGAGGGUGUUCACUGCAUGGGUUCUUGCACCCUGACCAACGUCUGGUUCCGUGACGUUUGCGAGGACGCCGUCUCCGUCCUUGGUACUGGUGAUGCCCUGAUUGUUGGAGGUGGUGCUCAAGAAGCCAAGGACAAGGUCAUCCAGCACAACGGCCGGGGUACCGUCACCAUCAAAGACUACACCAUUGUCAACGCAGGCAAACUCUACCGCUCCUGCGGCGACUGCACCGACAACUCCAAGAAGUCGCCCCGCAAAGUCAUUGUCGAGAAUGUCCGCGCCUUUGGCGUAACCUCUGACCUCAUCGGCAUCAACUCAAACUUUGGCGACACAGCCACCAUCUCCGGCUCCUGUGGAACCACAAAGGCCGUCUGCCGCGAGUACAAGGGCGUUGACAAGGGCAACGGUAGCAGCCAGAAGCUCGACACAAACGCUAGCUGCAUGGGUGCGCAGGGCAAGCUCGAGAAGCUGCCAACCUGCGGUGCGGACGUCGGUUCUGGCGCCCCCACUACCACUGCUAAGCCUACCUCUACCAAGAAGGUUACUUCGACUCUUGUUACCAAGACCAAGACUUCAUCUGCGAAGGCCACUACGACAAAGUAA